AAUUAAUUUAUUUUUUUAACCUGUUAAGUGGUUAAGACGUAUAUAUCCGCAAACCCAUAUAUUACAAUCAAUGCUUAUGACGGAUAUUCUCGCUUCGGCUAUUUUUUGGUAGCCCGCAAUGGUUAAGACGUAUACGUUCGCCUGCUGUAGUUUACUGGUAAACAAAAUCCUAAUUCAACUACGCGGCGGAAUUAUUUUGUGGAAUCUCUUCCCGCUCAGUCGUUAUUUGGGCGUGUUACCGUGUGGCUGAUUACGACAUUAUUACGUUUAGUAUUCCACUACGUUUGUGCAGGAAAAGGAAGUGUUCUUGAAUAUAUAUACAAAAUGUCUAAUUUAGAAGACAAUGACUCUGAAGAUAUUGAUAUUAGUGGCGACGAGGCGGACGAGGUGGAUGGUUAUACAAGUUCGGACGAGACAGAGGGCGAAUCGGAAUAUGAGGACAGUGGAGAAGAUACUAAUGAUGAGACGGAGCCUGAGCCCGAACCUGACUUUGAAAUGCCCUGGACUCAAAAUGGAAUCCCCAGACCAGCAUUUCCUUUUACAUCGAACAGUGGCGUGCAGGUACCUGCUAAAAGCAACCCUUUGGACAUUUUUGAAAUUUUUUUUGAUGAAAGUCUAAUAAACCUUAUAGUUGAAGAAACCAAUCGAUUUGCUAUCCAAUAUAUUAUAAAAAAUGGAGAAAACAUAAGACCGCACUCUAGAGUACGCCAAUGGAAAGAAACGAAUACCAACGAAAUUAGGACGCUUAUAGGCCUAUUGAUAUUACAGGGAUUAUGUCCUAAGCCUGAAUACAAAAUGUAUUUCUCUCGGAGAGAGAGCAUAGAAACUCCAUUUUUUUCGAAAAUUAUUUCCGAGAAAAGAUUUCACUUGUUAUUGAAAUUUUUGCAUUUUGUUGAUAAUUCAACAAUAAAUGCCAACACAAAAAAUCGCAAACUUGCCAAAGUACUUCCACUUCUAAACCAUUUAAGGGAGAAAUUUAUGACCAGUUAUGUGCCAGAAAGGGACAUCGCGAUAGACGAGUCUCUGAUUGGCUGGAAAGGGAGAUUGGGCUGGAAACAAUACAUACCUUCUAAACGAAAGAGGUUUGGCAUCAAACUAUUCGCUUUAUGUGAAACUUCUGGUUAUAUGUAUAAUUUUAUCAUCUAUACAGGUGCUGAUACGAUUUAUGAAGCACAGCAUUCUCAGGAACCAGUUACAUCAAGGAUAGUUUUAUCCCUUGUUGAUUCGCUACUUGACAAAGGGUAUCGACUUUUUCUAGACAAUUACUACACAAGUGUUGACUUGGUUCACAAAUUAGUAAAACGAAGAACAGACUGUGUGGGAACAAUUCGAGCAAACAGAAAAGGUAUCCCUAAAGAUUUACAAGUGAAAUUAUCUAAAGGACAGUCUGUUGCUAGAUACAAUAGAAAAAUUAUGAUACAAAAAUGGCAUGACAAGAAGGAUGUUUUAAUGAUAUCUACCCUUCACGAUAAAACUAUGGAAAAGGUCUUAACUAAAAAGGGUGAAAUUGAGAAACCCACUUGUGUACUAGAGUACAAUAAAAAAAUGGGCGGGGUGGACUUAGCCGAUAAUUAUUUGCACUACUAUGGAACGGCAAGGAGUAGAGUAAAAAAAUACUACAUGAAAAUGUUCUGGCACUUUUUGAGUGUAACAACGCUAAACUCAUUUCAUAUAUACAAACGAAAUGGAGGCCGACUGAAAAGGAUAAAUUUUUUGUUAGAAUUGGGAGAACAAAUAGUUAGAAAAUAUAGCUCACAAAUAACUUUCGGAACAAGGAGAUCAAGGGCACCAAUGCCAUCAAGAUUUAUUGAACGUCACUUUCCGUCGGUUAUACCACCUACUACGAAACAAAAACCAACAAAAAGGUAAGCUAUUGUAUCACAGAAGGCAUUUUUUUUAAAUCAGUUUUUUAGGUGUGCAAUAUGUGCUGAAAAGAAAAUCAGAAAGGAAAGCCGUUACUGGUGCCAAAAAUGCCAUACUGGUCUGUGUCCCGCACCGUGUUUUGAGAUUUUCCAUACCAAGUAACAAAAAAGCUACAAAAAUAAGUAUGAAGAAUGGAAUGAGAAAACUGGUGCACCUUCAAUGCAAUGUUAUAAGUUAGCCUUCACCUUUACUUUUCUUUAGAUACCAGUUCAAUAUUUUUAUGUUGUUUUGACGAUAAUAUACGCCUUUCAGUUUUAUUGUCGAAUUUUAAUGCUAUUGACGUAUAUAUACGCUAGUGAAUAUAGUCAGUGCUGAUGACGGAUAUGUCCGCAUGCGAUAAAAUUACGGGCCAUCUAGAAAAGCCUAUGGUUGUUUAUCCUGGGCCACUUAACAGGUUAACUUAACUGUCAUGACCAAAAAGAAAACAACUGUCUAUUGUUGUUUUUAGUAGAA